ACUCUCGGCGGUGCCGCAGCCCCGUCCGGCCCCCGCUGCGCCUCCGCGGGGCUCACGCGCAAAUUCAAGAUCUGCGGCCACUUGUUCACAUGGUUUCAAGGCACGAUGAGGCACACUGGCUCUCGGAAACUUUGGCUUUGGGUGGCAAUGUUCCUGCUUCCUGCUUCCACUUCCGUGACUGUCAGGGACAAGCCAGAAAAGACAUGUCCUAUACUCAGAACAGGGGAACAUCAGUUGACACAAAACAACAGAAAUAAACUUGAAGUUUCAGGUUUUGAUCUAGGAGAGAGUUUUUCUCUGAGACGUGCAUUUUGUGAAGGUGAUAAAACUUGUUUCAAAUUGGGAAGUGCACUUCUUAUUAGAGACACUAUUAAGAUAUUUCCCGAAGGCCUUCCUGAGGAGUACUCUGUAGCAGCCAUGUUUCGUGUACGAAGGAACACUAAAAAGGAGCGGUGGUUUCUGUGGCAGGUGUUAAACCAGCAGAACAUGCCACAGGUUUCUAUAGUAGUUGACGGUGGAAAGAAAGUAGUGGAAUUUAUGUUUCGAGCUGCCGAAGGAGAUGUGCAGAACUACGUUUUUAAAAAUCGAGAACUCCGUGCUUUGUUUGAUCGUCAGUGGCAUAAACUUGGUGUCAGUAUGCAAUCCCAGGUCAUUUCACUUUAUAUGGAUUGUAACUUAAUUGCAAGCCAGCAGACUGAUGAAAAGGACAUUGUGGAUUUUCGUGGACGGACAGUUAUUGCUGCACGAGCUUCAGACGGCAAGCCUGUGGACAUUGAACUUCACCAACUUAAAAUCUACUGUAAUGCAAAUUUCCUAGCUCAAGAAACAUGUUGUGAAAUAUCAGAUGCUAAGUGCCCAGAGCGGGAUGGCUUUGUCAGUAUUGCAUCAUCAUCGGUAACCACUCAUGCCGGCAAAAUGUCUGCGUAUCUGCCAGCAAAGCAGGAACUUACAGACCAGUGCCAGUGCAUUCCAAACAAGGGAGAAGCAGGAUUACCGGGAGCUCCGGGCUCACCUGGGCAGAAAGGGGAUAAAGGAGAGCAGGGAGAAAAUGGUUUACAUGGUGCUCCAGGCUUACCGGGUCAAAAAGGAGAGCAAGGUUUCAAAGGCAGCAAAGGAGAAAUUGGUGAAAAGGGCGAACAAGGAGAAAAAGGAGAUCCAGGUCUGGCUGGUCCUAAUGGACAAAAUGGUUUGAAAGGUGACUUGGGUCCUCCUGGCCCACCUGGCCCAAAAGGAGAAAAGGGAGAUAUGGGACCUCCAGGACCACCAGCUUUAACAGGUUCCCUGGGGAUACAAGGCCCCCAAGGUCCACCUGGAAAAGAGGGUCAGAGGGGAAGACGAGGGAAGACGGGACCCCCAGGAAAACCAGGACCCCCAGGACCGCCUGGACCUCCUGGAAUGCAAGGAAUACAACAGAGUCUUGGUGGAUAUUAUAACAAGGGAAAUGGUGAAUACAGAGCUGGGGGUCCAAAAGGAGAAAAGGGUGAAACUGGACUACCAGGGUUUCCAGGGUCUGUUGGUACUAAAGGACAAAAAGGAGAACCUGGGGAACCUUUUACAAAAGGUGAAAAGGGAGAUAGAGGAGAACCUGGGAUGAUAGGAUCACAAGGAACAAAGGGUGAACCUGGAGAUCCUGGUCCCCCAGGCUUAAUAGGAAGCCCAGGACUAAAGGGUCAGCAAGGACCUGCAGGCUCCAUGGGCCCCAGAGGACCACCAGGAGAUGUUGGAUUGCCAGGAGAACAUGGCAUCCCAGGAAAACAAGGCAUUAAAGGAGAAAAGGGAGAUCCAGGUGGGAUUACAGGCCCUCCUGGGCUUCCAGGUCCCAAAGGUGAGGCUGGUCCUCCCGGGAAAAGCCUGCCAGGGGAACCGGGAUUAGAUGGAAAUCCUGGAGCACCCGGUCCACGAGGGCCAAAGGGUGAAAGAGGACUGCCAGGUGUUCAUGGCUCCCCAGGGGACAUAGGCCCACCAGGAAUAGGAAUUCCUGGCAGAACAGGCUCCCAAGGACCGGCUGGAGAGCCAGGUAUUCAGGGUCCUCGAGGUCUCCCUGGGUUGCCAGGAACUCCAGGGACCCCAGGAAAUGAUGGAGCUCCAGGAAGGGAUGGAAAGCCAGGCCUGCCCGGCCCCCCAGGUGACCCGAUUGCACUUCCUCUCUUGGGAGACAUCGGUGCCUUGCUCAAGAACUUCUGUGGCAACUGCCAAGCCGGUGUCCCGGGGUUGAAAAGCAACAAAGGAGAAGAAGGAGGUGCUGGCGAGCCUGGAAAGUCUGAUUCCACAGCCCGGAAGGGUGACACAGGGCCUCGGGGGCCUCCAGGAGUCCCAGGCAGAGAGGGACCAAAGGGAAGCAAAGGAGAGCGGGGCUACCCUGGGAUACCUGGGGAGAAAGGUGAUGAGGGUCUACAAGGAAUUCCAGGCAUUCCAGGUGAACCAGGCCCUACUGGACCCCCUGGCUUACUGGGAAGAACUGGACAUCCUGGUCCCAUGGGAGCAAAGGGUGACAAGGGCAACGAGGGCCCCCCUGGGAAACCCGGACCACCAGGACCACCUGGUGUACCAUUCAGUGAAGGAAAUGGCAUGAGCAGUUUAUAUAAAAUCCAGGGAGGUGUGAAUGUUCCCAGUUACCCAGGACCACCCGGUCCCCCUGGCCCAAAAGGCGAUCCUGGCCCAGUGGGAGAGCCUGGUGCAAUGGGGUUGCCAGGACUAGAAGGAUUUCCAGGUGUAAAGGGAGAUCGAGGCCCAGCAGGACCCCCGGGAAUAGCCGGGCUAUCGGGAAAACCUGGUGCCCCGGGGCCCCCAGGAGUUCCAGGGGAACCGGGUGAGAGAGGACCUGUUGGAGAUAUAGGUUUCCCUGGACCGGAAGGACCCUCGGGAAAGCCAGGAAUAAAUGGAAAAGAUGGGUUACCAGGUGCUCAGGGCAUCAUGGGUAAACCUGGAGAUAGAGGACCCAAAGGAGAACGUGGUGAUCAGGGAAUUCCAGGAGACAGAGGCCCGCAAGGCGAACGGGGAAAACCAGGCCUAACAGGGAUGAAGGGGGCCGUAGGUCCCGUGGGGCCACCAGGAACUAAAGGCUCUAUGGGAUCCCCCGGCCACCAAGGCCCUCCAGGGUCUCCAGGCAUCCCUGGCACCCCGGCUGAUGCAGUUUCAUUUGAUGAAAUAAAGAAGUAUAUUAACCAAGAGGUCCUAAGGAUUUUUGAAGAGAGGAUGGCCGUGUUCCUAUCCCAGCUCAAGCUGCCAGCAGCAAUGUUGGCUGCUCAAGCUCAUGGGAGGCCUGGGCCACCAGGGAAGGAUGGGCUGCCGGGGCCACCAGGAGACCCUGGCCCCCAAGGCUACCGAGGACAGAAGGGAGAAAGAGGUGAACCUGGAAUUGGGCUGCCAGGGAGUCCUGGUCUUCCUGGGACUUCAGCUCUGGGUUUGCCAGGCUCACCAGGUGCCCCAGGGCCCCAGGGCCCCCCAGGACCCAGUGGAAGAUGUCACCCAGAAGAUUGCCUCUAUCCUGUGUCUCAAACCCAUCAGCAGACAGAUGGGAAAUGAACACACCUGAAGAAGACUUGGUUCCUGGUGAUACCUCCUUGCCAUUGGAGUUACCUUAAUACUGUCUGCCAACCCUCAUGAUAUGUGGGCUUUUAUUUUAUUUAUUUUUUUUUUUUUUGGUGUAGGCCAGACAUUAAAAGCAACCAUUUGAAUCCUAUUCCUACAGGAAUUGCAAAUCAGCAUUUUUAGAUUUUUCCCAAAUUCAUUCCAUAUGUUUUACUUUACCAUUACUAUGCUUUUGAUUCAGUUUUAUAUGAAAUACACAAGCAAAUCUUAUCAAUAGCUCUUCUUCAAAAACAAAUUACGUCUUAUGAUUUAGUAGACUGGUGAUGAUAUCCAUUUUGCAGACUCAUCGACAUGUGGUUGGCCUUUGCUUUCUGAAUUUUAAAGUUUCAGACUUAUCUUGAAGUUUUCUUGGUGUUUAAAUUUAUUAUCAUUGCUAAGAAUUUUGUCAACUUUUUGGAUAUAGUGCAUUGCUCCUGUUGAAUGUUUUUUGACUACUCUUUAUAACUUAAGGAUUCUUAUACCUACAUAUGUCCUAUUUAUGCAGAAAAAUAGGCAAUAAGAGCUUCACUUUAUAACUUAUGUUUU